GUACUUUCAAAUUUCAUAUACAUUUGUUAGAAAAACGUGAAAAAAUCACACAAACAAAAUUUUAAACUUUACAGAUGCUAAGGUGUCAGACAAAGAAAAAAAGAGUCUAUGGAGCUUGGGAUCCUGAAAAUAUGCACCGGGCAAUUACUGAAGUAAAAUCAGGUUAUUCCUCCCUCCGAAAAGCUGCAGAGAAAUAUUCUGUACCCUCAUCAACUCUGAGCGACAGAGUUAGUGGGAAAGUGAAAGAGGAUGGGGUAUGGGGGUCAAAACCCAAAUUAUCUCUUGAAGAUGAAAAGGAAUUGAUAGAGACAGCAAAAGAGAGGGCUGCUCUGGGGAUAGGAUUUAGCAAAUAUAAUUUUAUGAGAGCAGCGAGUGCUAUGGCAAAAACAAAAAAUGUCGCAUUCAAAAAUAAAAAUCCCUCUGAAAUGUGGUGGAGGCGACUUAAAAAAAGACAUAGCAGUUUUUCUUUAAGGUCGCCAGAAGCUACUGCUUCAAGCAGACAUGCUGCCAUGACCAAGGACAGAGUAGAAAAGUUUUUCCUUGCACUCGGGAAAGUUUUCAAUGAAAACGACAUGCAGGCAGAGCACAUUUGGAACAUGGAUGAAACUGGGCUAACAUUAGCCCACAAGCCUGGAAAAAUCGUGGCAGAGAAGGGAUCAAAAACUGUCCACGCCAAAUGUUCUACACAGCGACAACUUGUCACUGUAAUUGUUUGUGCCAAUGCAAACGGUUGCACAGUUCCACCUCACUUUAUCAUUCCUGGCAAAACAAAGCGCAGUCUUAAUAGCUAUGAUACUGAGUACUUGCAGAAAACUCCAAUUAAAAACGCAAAUAUAUCUCUGUCAGACUCUGGGUGGACUAAAGAUGGUAUAGGACGGCUUUGGUUUGAGUCCACAUUUCUACCUUUUAUUGGGCAACAUCGCCCUCAGCUUCUUGUAUGUGAUGGCCAUAGCUCACACAACAAUGUGGAGUUUAUCGAGUUGGCACGAAGCGAAAACAUCAUCAUCAUAGAGCUUCCAAGCCACACUAGCCAUUGGACCCAACCCUUAGAUAGGAGUUUUUUUAAAUCUCUGAAGAACACAUGGAAUGCUGAACUUAGCAAUUUCAUUCAAGUUACCGGGGUUCCAGUAGGUCAUGGACAGUUCUUCCGAAUGUUUACCAAAGCCUGGAAAUCUGCCACUGAACCUUCAAUCAUCCAAAAUGGGUUCAGAGCAACUGGGAUCUUCCCAUUCAACCCUGAGGCUAUCCCGGAUGAGGCUUACAAACCCGCAACCCUGUACACUAGUGCAUGCUCCCAGGAAACCCCACACCAUUCUGAUGAGCAUUCUUUAUCUCCAGAGCUUUCUACGUCAGCGGAGCUUGAAGCAGUUGAUCAGUCACAUUCUAUUUCCUUAGAUGUCCCUUUAUUUUCUUCCGCUGAUUUAACAUCAGCAACCCUAAUUAACCUUCCCAUUACAAUGGAUGCUGAUGGGCAGAUAAGUGUAGAAUCCUUGACAGAUGGUACUGCUGUUGAAACAGAUCUUGCGCCUGUAACAAAUGAAAGAGCAUUAGAGGUUCUUGAAUCUACAAUUGAUUCAGCUAAGCUGUUGAAAUUUACGGCAGCAUUAAUUAGCAACAAAGACAUUAAAGACCCUCUUUUCCAAACUUGGAAAAUGUACAAAAUAAAUUGUAAUAAUGGGAACAUCUCUGACCCUUCCUUGCCAUUUGAUCAAAAUGAGAACUCGGAGGAAAAUACCAGCAUUCUGUCACUUCCGGAUCCCAUUUUGAGGGCUUCAAAAUCGAGCAAACUCAACAAGCCUGAAACACAUUAUUUUGUUAUUACGGCCGACGAAGCUUACAAACACAAAAAACAAGCACAAGAAAUUAAAAAAGAAAAACAGGAAAAGAAGGCAUUGAAGAGAGGCAAGAUCAAAACUGCAAACAAAGGAAAAGGAAAAAAAAGGGAAAAUUGA